CAGUCAAUGACCAACAACCCGGAAGCAGUUUAAUUCAACUUCUGGCUCGUUGUCGCCAAAGAUGUCGCCUCCCUUGUUUGAUUUUAUUGAGGCCAAAGACAAGCUCACGGAAUCGACCAAGCAAGCGCUGGGUGACAAAAGCAGUAAAGCGAUAAUACAAGCUUUUCAUCACAUCCCUGGAAAUGAGACCGAAAAGAAGACCACACUGGACCAGGCUUUUAGAGGGGUCCUCGGGGAGCAGAUUGUGGACCAGGCGUCGAGCUGUGAGGACUACUUGUCUCUUAUCUACAUGAGCAUCGAUGCAGUCACUGAAGGUGUCUGCUCUGCGACGACGCCUUUCGUGUUGCUGGGAGACGUGCUGGACAGUCUUCCGCUGGACCAGUGUGACAACAUCUUUACCUUUGUGGAGAAGAACGUCUCCACGUGGAAAUCCAACUCAUUCUACACUGCUGGUAAGAACUACCUGUUAAGAAUGUGUAAUGAUCUUCUACGGCGUCUGUCCAAGUCUCAGAACACUGUGUUCUGUGGACGGAUCCAACUCUUCUUGGCUCGCCUCUUCCCGCUGUCAGAAAAAUCUGGUCUGAAUCUCCAGAGUCAGUUCAACCUGGACAACAUCACGGUGUUCAACAAAAAUGAAGAUGAAAGCACUUUUGGACUCAAGCACACGGACGAUAAGGAAGACGGCAUGGAGGUGGAGGAAGGAGAGAUGGGCGAGGAGGAAGCGCCAGCGUCGUGCUCCAUCCCCAUCGACUACAACCUGUACAGAAAGUUCUGGACGCUGCAGGACUACUUCCGGAACCCGGUGCAGUGCUAUGACAAAGUCUCUUGGAUGACCUUCCUCAAGUACUCGGACGAGACGCUGGCUGUGUUCAAGAGCUUCAAGCUGGACGACAUGCAAGCGUCCAAGAGGAAGCUGGAGGAGCUGCGGGCAUCCGGCGGGGAGCACGUCUACUUUGCCAAGUUCCUCACCAGUGAGAAGCUGAUGGACUUGCAGCUGAGUGAUAGCAACUUUCGACGCCACAUUCUGUUGCAAUACUUGAUCCUCUUCCAGUACCUCAAAGGACAAGUCAAAUUCAAAAGCUCAAACUGCUUGCUAAACGACGACCAAGCUGCGUGGAUAGAGGAAACCACGAAACUAGUUUACCAGCUUCUAAGAGAGAUUCCGCCAGAUGGUGACAAGUUUGCCACCAUGGUGGAACGCAUCCUCAAUACAGAGGAAAACUGGAUCUCUUGGAAAAACGAAGGAUGCCCCAGCUUUGUCAAGGAACGGCCAGCCGACGACAAGCCCAAGCGGCCCUCCAGGAAACGAGCUGCUCCAGAAGAUUUCCUGGGAAAAGGCCCUGACAGAAAGAUCUUCAUGGGAAAUGAUGAGCUUACUCGCUUGUGGAACUUGAACUUGGACAACACGGAAGCCUGCAAGUCAGACAGCAGAGAAUUCAUGCCCUCGCUGGAUGAAUUCUUCGCCGAAGCCAUCGAACAGGCCAACCCAGUCAACAUGGUGGAAGAAGAGUACAAGGUUGUCCGGAACCCAAACUAUGGCUGGCGGGCAUUACGGCUGCUCUCCAGAAGAAGUCCACACUUUUUUCAGCCCACCAACCAGAAAUUCAACAGUCUGGCCGACUACUUGGACAGCAUGGUCAGCAAGCUGGCCAAGGAGUUGCCUAAGGACAUCCCCUCGGAGGAGAUCAAAACCGGCGAGGAAGAGGAUGACGAAAAUGAAGACAAUCUGCUCAAAGACAGCAAUGACAGCCCAAGUAUGCCAAGCAAGAUGGUGAGCAACCAGCAGAUGGAUGAUGUGGCGGCCAAGCUGGGUGGCCGCUGGAAGUCGCUGGCCUCGCACUUGGAGAUGCGGGCGGCCGAGCUGCGUGAGAUUGAGGCUGAAAGCGAGGACGCAGACAUUCGGGCCAAGCUGCUGCUGGUCACCUGGCAGGACCGGGAAGGAGCGCAGGCAACCGUGGAGAGCCUGGUGGCGGCACUCAACGCAGCCGGCUUUGCUAAAAUGGCAGACGACCUCAGCGAGGCUUGAAUCAGGCAGACUUUUUGUUUUGUUCUGUUUUGUACUAAGAGUGGAGAAACUUUUUGUGUUUCUUAGGUUCAUAUUAAAGAUGCCUUUUGAUA